UUUUUUGCCUCGGUUCCCGAUAUUUUGAGAUUUGCUCAAUUACGUCAGACUACUGAGCUUCAUAGCCAGCUCCAACCAGACAAAGAAACAGACAACAUAAGGGACACUUACGAAGCUGCAAUUCAUCGAUGUUAUCACCCGGUUCUUGUAUGGGUCGUCAGCACUCUGCACCCAUUCCAUGCAGUUGUUACAAGUUCAGUAGGACUGGGGUUCUCCAGCUUUGAUAAUACUAGUUGGUAGGAAGCGUGGGAAGAGUAUGUCGAACGUCUCGACCCCUCGUGCUCGUGACACGAUUGUACAGUGCGUGUUGGAAGCACGCUCGAGCUUUCAUGAGAAACAGCAGAGAGCACUACAGAUGCUUGCCUCUCUAACCAAGGUGAGUGCCCAGAAUCGGAGCCUGCUUGCACAGUCAGAAGGUGCGAUCCCAACCUUGCUGGCGCUCUCGAAAUCACCCUCGUCGACGGUCCAGACCCUCGCACUCUCUGUUCUCUUCAACCUCUCCUUGAACCCAGAUCUGAAGCUCCUCCUAGCAGAUAUGGAGACGAUCCAUAGCCUUAACUCCGUCAUUAUCCUAUCGACCUCUCCCGAGUCCAGUAGGCUGGCAUCGUCCCUGAUCUGUAGCUUGGCGUUGCUGGACAAGAACAAGGCCAAGUUUGGAGUUGCAGGAACAAUCCAGCUGCUGGUCAAGGCUAUCUGCGGGCCUAUGAGCCCGGACGUGGCCCACCACCUCCUGAGCUCGCUCGCAGAGUUGGUCCAAUUCCAUGGGAACUGCACUCUCGCUGUGCGGUCAGGAGCCAUACCUGCACUCCUCCGGCUUGCAGAGUCCAGUGAUGAGGAGGACCUUGCCGCCACGUCCCUCACCAUUCUAGGGCUUCUGGCUCGUUUUGAUGAGGGCCUGAGGGCCCUGAGGAAGACCGAUGGGAUCGUUGCUUCAAUGGUUGACGUCAUAGUGGGAAGGAGCAUGUUGAGCAAGGAAGGCGCGGCAGAUGUUCUACUUCGACUUUUUGAUGAGAGCGAGGGGUGCAUAAGAGAUGCCCUUAGGCUGUCCGAGCUCUCCACUGUGCUGGCUGACCUCUCCGUCAGGGGGUCAAGCCGGGCCAGAGAGAAGGCUGCUUUGCUGAUGAAGAAGAUGAUGGAGGUCGAAUCUUAUGCCGAUGGUAACUCGAUCCUCUACGAAUGGUAAUAGGCUAACCCGGUAGGUUUUUGCGCAUUUCCAGGUGACUGGCGUUUGCGUGAUAUCUAGUCGGCUGGCUGUCGCAGGGAUCAUUGCUCGAUUGUGUUUCUAAAACUCGUGUUCAGAAUUACUGCCAUAAAUCUCGGAGCGCUUAUAAUGUGUAGAAGUGACCCGUGUUUCUUGCAUAAUGUCAUAAUGCUGCUUAAGGCUACUGUCAUCUCGUGGACGUUAUACGACAUAGCCAACAUGUUCUCUCCCGAUGUUCCAGUUUUGGAAUUUGGAUAGACUGGUUGGUCCCAACUCGGCUGAAUUUCCGAUAAAUAGCUAAAGAAUAUAUUGUACGACUUCAAGUGUCAACUCCGCAAACAACGCACCGUGGCCCAUAGAGGAUGGAAGUAUGGUGUAAUUACACGUGUCCUCGACUUGAAAUCAAAAGUAUUUAGA